AUGGCGCAGGGAUGGCGGCCGAGCGGCGCGGCGCGGGGGGCGGCGCCGGGGGGAGCCGGGGGCGCGGGCGAGCCGGCGGGCGGCGAGCGGGCGCCCGGGCUGCGGGCGUGCGGCGCGGGCUUCGCGUGCCCCGAGCUGGAGACGCUGUUCGGCGGCUACGCGCUGCGGCUGGAGCAGGCGGCCGCGCUGAAGGCGCUCGCGGUGCUCAGCUUGCUGGCCGGCUCGCUGGCGCUGGCCGAGCUGCUGCUGGGCGCGCCGGGGCGGGCGGCCAGCCUGGCGCGCGCCUCGCACCCGGUGCACUGCGUCCUGUUCCUGGCGCUGCUGGUGGUCACCAACGUCCGCUCGCUGCGGGCCCCGCAGCUGCAGCAGCUCGGCCGCCUGGCGCUGCUCUUCUGCCUCACCUUCGCGCUGCUCUGCUGCCCCGCGGCGCUGGGCGGCCCCGCGGGGGCGCACGCCGGGGUGGCCGCGGGGCCGGUGGCCGCCGAGCGCGGCGUCUGGCAGCUGCUGCUGGUCACCUUCGUGUCCUACGCGCUGCUCCCCGUGCGCAGCCUGCUGGCCGUCGGCUUCGGGCUCGUGGUGGCCGCCGCGCACUUGCUGGUCACCGCCACCCUGGUCCCCGCCAAGCGCCCGCGGCUCUGGCGCACGCUGGGCGCUGACGCUCUUCUCUUCCUUGGCGUGAACCUGUACGGGCUGCUGGUCAGGGUCCUGGCUGAGCGCUGCCAGCGGAGGUCCUUCCUGCAGGCGCGUAGCUGCAUCGAGGAACGGCUGCAGCUGGAGGACGAGAACGAGAAGCAGGAGCGGCUGCUCAUGAGCCUGCUGCCCCGAAAUGUUGCCAUGGAGAUGAAAGAGGACUUCCUGAAGCCCCCAGAGAGGAUCUUCCACAAGAUCUACAUCCAGCGGCACGACAAUGUGAGCAUCCUCUUCGCCGACAUUGUGGGCUUCACGGGUCUGGCCUCGCAGUGCACCGCCCAGGAGCUGGUGAAACUUCUCAAUGAACUCUUCGGCAAGUUUGAUGAACUGGCCACGGAGAACCACUGCCGCCGCAUCAAGAUCCUGGGGGACUGCUACUACUGUGUGUCAGGCCUCACCCAGCCCAAGGCCGACCAUGCCCACUGCUGUGUGGAAAUGGGCCUGGACAUGAUAGACACCAUCACGUCUGUGGCCGAGGCCACUGAGGUGGACCUGAACAUGCGUGUGGGCCUGCACACGGGCCGUGUGCUCUGUGGGGUGCUGGGUCUGCGCAAGUGGCAAUACGAUGUGUGGUCCAAUGACGUGACCCUCGCCAAUGUCAUGGAGGCUGCGGGCCUGCCUGGGAAGGUCCACAUCACUAAGACCACCCUGGCCUGCUUGAAUGGGGACUAUGAGGUGGAGCCAGGCUAUGGGCACGAGAGGAACAGUUUCCUGAAGGCACAGAACAUUGAGACAUUCUUCAUUGUGCCCUCACACCGCAAAAAGAUAUUCCCAGGGCUGAUCCUCUCUGACAUCAAGCCGGCCAAGAGGAUGAAGUUCAAGACCGUGUGUUACCUGCUGGUACAGCUCAUGCACUGCCGAAAGAUGUUCAAGGCCGAGAUCCCCUUUUCCAGCGUCACCUGUGAGGACGACAAGAGGAGAGCGCUGCGAACAGCCUCGGAGAAGCUCAGGAACCGCUCUUCCUUCUGCACGAACGUUGUCUACACCAGCCCGGGCAGUCGUGUCAACCGGUACAUCAGCCGCCUCCUGGAAGCCCGCCAGACAGAGCUAGAGAUGGCCGAUUUGGACUUCCUAACCCUCAAGUAUAAGCAGGCAGAGCGGGAGCGAAAGUACCACCAGCUCCAGGACGAGUACUUCACCUGUGCCGUGGCCCUGGCCCUGGCCCUGGCUGUGCUGUUUGGUCUCAUCUAUCUUCUCGUCAUCCCACCGAAUCUGGUCCUCCUGCUCCUGCUGGUCUUCAGCAUCUGCUUCUUGCUGGCCUGUGUGCUGUACCUACAUGUCACUCGGGUCCAGUGUCUUCCAGGCUACCUGACAAUCCAGAUCCGCACCAUCCUGUGCAUUUUUAUAGUGGUCUUAGUCUACUCGGUGGCCCAAGGCUGUGUGGUGUGCUGUCUGCCUUGGGCCUGGGGUGCCCAUCCCAACGCAUCACUUGUGGUUUCAUCUCCUGGUGUCCAUGCCCUAGUGCCCCUGCCUGGCGAGUCUGCACCCCACGCACUACUGUGUGGCCUGCUGGGCACUCUGCCCCUCACAGCCUUCCUGCGAGUGCCCUCCUUGCCGAAGAUCACCCUGCUGGCUGUGCUCACAGCCUGCUACAUUUUGGUCCUGGAACUUAACAAGUACUCAGAGGCCCUGGGUGGUGGCCCCAGUUCUGGGCACAGCUAUGAGCCUGUCGCAGCUAUCCUGUUGUUCUCAUGUGCCCUGGCCCUGCAUGCCCGUCAGGUGGACAUCAGGCUCCGACUGGACUACCUGUGGGCCGUGCAGGCCCAAGAGGAGCGAGACGACAUGGAGCGGGUGAAGCUGGACAACAAGCGGAUCCUCUUCAAUCUCCUGCCAGCCCAUGUGGCCCAGCAUUUCCUCAUGUCCAAUCCACGGAACAUGGAUCUGUACUACCAGUCUUAUGCACAGGUGGGCGUCAUGUUUGCCUCCAUCCCCAACUUCAAUGACUUCUACAUUGAGCUGGAUGGCAACAACAUGGGGGUGGAAUGUCUGCGGCUGCUCAAUGAGAUCAUCGCAGACUUCGACGAGCUCAUGGACAAAGAUUUCUAUAAGGACCUGGAGAAGAUCAAGACCAUCGGCAGCACCUAUAUGGCCGCGGUUGGGCUGGCGCCCACAACUAACGUCACCGUGAAGAAGUCCAUCUCCUCCCACCUGAGCACGCUGGCUGAUUUUGCCAUUGAGAUGUUUGAUGUUUUGGAUGAAAUCAACUAUCAGUCCUACAAUGACUUCGUGUUACGUGUUGGCAUCAAUGUGGGCCCUGUGGUAGCCGGAGUGAUCGGUGCACGGAGACCCCAGUACGAUAUCUGGGGGAACACGGUCAAUGUGGCCAGUCGAAUGGACAGCACCGGGGUCCAGGGCAGAAUCCAGGUGACAGAAGACGUCCACCGGCUACUGCAUCAGGGGCUGUACCGCUUUGUGUGCCGAGGCAAAGUCAGCGUCAAGGGCAAGGGCGAGAUGCUCACCUACUUCUUGGAAGGCAGGGCUGAUGGCAGUGGCUCCCAGGGCCUGACCCGGUUGCACAAGCCUUGUUCUUACCGCAGAGCCGGCCUUCGGGGCAGAUUGGCCAUGGGCCGGCCACCGGGCGCCCCAAUGGUCAGGGCCACCCUGGGGGCUCUGCAGGGUGCCCAGCACCCUCCUCUAGGAGUGGUGGGGAAGGAGGCUUAGCCCAGACCACCUGGUUGCAGGGAUCACAGCUGCACCUGGGACUGGGCACUCCUGCAGGGAAAGGCCCUGCCUGCAGAGCCCAGACCAAGGAUGGUGUGUGCGGGGCAGAGAGCCUGGUGACCCGGGGGAGGUGGCACCAGUCCCACAGCCGCCCAGGCUUUCUUCCUGGGGCUCUUGCUUUCUCUGGGAGAGCCCAAGGCAGCACCAGGCUACAGCUCCCCCUAGGGUCGAGGAGGGCAGUCUGGGUGGAGCAGAGUCUGGCAACAGAAGCCCUGCUCCUAAUUAUCAGCAGGUCUAAGACUCGGGGGAGUCUCUGAAGUCCCCAGGCUGGAUGGGCCCUGUCCACAGGCUCUCUCGCUGCCUGCCUGAUGCCAACUACUCCUUGGAGCUUCUGGCCCUUCCCUCCCAGACAAUACUGGCAGCUGUCUCAUGCUCUGGCUUUGGGCCGGUGCCUAGAGUGCCUGUUCCCAAGCCUAAGUGCUGGGCAUUGGGUGGAAGCUGCCCUUCGGGGCUGUAUGUGUCCUGGGGACCCCAGUAUCAGAGAUCCAGAGGUGGUGUCAGGGUUUCCCAGGGCCAUGGGAAUGUGGACAGGGAUAGGCCAUGUGGGGCACUGUUUCUCCCUCGGGGAAAUUUGAGCCAGGCAAGCCAGUGCAAGGCCCAGAGGCCCAGCCGCCCUUUGGGGUCCCCAGAGGCCCCUUCUGAUCUUUAAGCACUUUCAGAGGGUGCCCUGUGAGGUGUCCCCAGCAAUUUCUCUCCAGGAGUGUCACACCCACUGUGUUGCCCCUUUAGAACUUCUGUCACAGGCACCCUGGACUGCAGAGUGUUCAUUACCCCUUGAGGUACAGGGACAGAGGCCAUGAAGCAGGGUAGGGUAGGGUAAGGCAUCUUUUCUUGGACACAGCCCUGCAGCUGGGCCUGCCAUUCCAUCACAGUGGGUAAAGAUGCAGGGGAAACUGAGUCUCCCCAGGCUUGCCUUUGCUUGUCUGUUUCUUGGGGCUGGGCACGGGACAGGAUGGGACAGGACAAUGCCCCUCCCCACUGGGAAUCUGUACAUCCCAGAGCCCAGCGCUGGGGAGAGGUGCCCAUGCCGGGGGCAGCAGGACGAGUGGCCAAGGGCUACGGAAGGGCAGGAAAGCCCCAUGUGAGACACAGAUCCCGGAGCCAAGGCCUCAUUCGUCUGACCUCGCUGCCCUGUAGGAAAGCCAGCCUGAACCAUACCUCAGAUCUACAGCCACCCGGGCCUGGCCCCCGCCAUGGCUGCGGGAAGCCAUCGGCAUGCGACUGUUCGAGCCGUGGGGUCUCUGCCGAGCACCGUCUCCGCCAUCAUCAGCAGCUCCGAGCCCGCCUUGUCCUGGGCGCCUUCAGCCGCCUUCAGCCAUAAUCGCGCUCUGUGGGGCUCGGGGAACAAUGUCCUUUCCCUGCGUGAUAAGCCUUACUUAUUUCUACUCUUGUACGGUGGUCCUGGACUCACGUUUCAGCCCUUUGGGCAGGGGUCUCCAACCGCCCAGACGCUCUGUACAUAGUGUCAUGGUGGGUCGGGGGCUGCCUGGCCCCCCUUGCCUCCCUGGCUCCCUCCACUGAAUGACGCCUGCUCUCCAUGCACGUGAUGUUUCUCCGCCUCACACUCCCUGCUUGAUGAUGCUUGGAUCUUUGGAAUGACCCCUCGUCCCCCCCCCCUCUUCCCCCCGGGGACCCUGCAUGCCUCUCUGACAGCCAUGCUCAGUAGACUAGAAUGCAGCCCCAAACUUCCAGACCCUUCCAUGAGCCCCGCAUCUGGCAGGCCCAUCCUGUGGUGCGUGAUUUGCCCUGUGUGUCCCCACCACCAACAUACACAUCCAGCCCCAGCCUGGAGCCUGCCCGUGUCUCUCAGACCCACAAAGCCAGCAGGCUUGGCAGGCGCCUUGUACGACUAGAAGCAAUAACUCUGUCCCCAAAGUUGCCUGGAAAUGCAGGGCUAUGCCAGGCAGUACGUUUGCCCAGACUUGGCUGUGUCCUGGGGGAGGGGGAUUCCAUCCUCUCAGGGCCACUUGCCCUUCCUGCCAUCCCCUUGCCAUGCCAUAUAGUAGACUGUGACUCUUGUGGCCAUUCUGUGGCUGUCCAGUACUAUUAUGGGGAAAUAAGUCAUGUCUGUGAUUGGUCUGGCUGAGGUGGGGCUGUGGGCAUAUGUUGACCCUGGUCUGGCCACAUCCACAUUCACCAGCCUUCAGACAUCCCACAGAGUGUUGCCGUGUGGGUUCUGUGCUGGUGAUGCCUCAUUUCAAUCUAAGGAGGGUCAGCAUUGCCACAGUUCAGGCUCAUGUUAGCCCCAUGCUAUCUCUGUUCCUGUCCUUCUGCUUCCUCAUCAGGGGACACUGCUGGUCUUUGCCCAUGACCAGCCUGGUCACAAACAUGUAGCUUAGAAAGCCAGGAUACAUGCACAGCAGGCUGGUCCCAGGGGGCAUCUAUUGAACCACAGGAUCACAGGCACCAUCCCACUGGUGAAGUCCUCCCGUGCACCAAACUGUUGCCCUUGUCACCCAUUUGCCGUCUUAGAGCAGCUUCCAAUGAAACUAGGCGCCUUCCAGGGGGCGAGUGCCUUUGCAUGCUGUCAGUGCUUGGUGAACUGAGCACAGCUCCAGCCAGGUGCCAUAGGCUGCCAGGAAGGGGGGGCCUGUAGUGUGCCUGGGCCCAGCCCCCUCCUCAGUUGCUUUCAGAGCUGACUGGCCAUGCCCCUUCUCUUGCGGAGCCCAGAUUCCUCAACAAGGAGGUGUUGAAAACAAGACAUGUCUUCACACUUGGCCUCCUGGCUCCUUAGGUCCAGAGGAGUUGAAGUCAGAAUCCAGAAUUGACUGGGUUAUGGUUGGAGGCUCAGAGGCCAGUAGCAGAACCAGGGGCCCUGCCCAACCUUCAAGGAGCUGGGAAGGUGGCUGAGACCUUGAUUAGAAUUGGGUUCAGUCAAUUAUUCUGGUCUCAGCCAUUUAGAAUUUGAUCUCAAUCUAUUAUCCUGUAGCCAAUUAGAAUUUGAUCUUAAUCAAUUAUCCAGGUCUCUGCCAAUUAGAAUCGGGUCUCAGCGGAUUAUCCUGGUCUCUGCCAGUUAGAAUUGGAACAACAGUGUCGACCUAACCCACGUCAACACCUCUGUGGCCCUCACUGUGGCACUGUGGCCCCACUGCAUUAGGACCAGGUGGGCUGAGGCCAGCUGCAGCUGAACCUGCAGGUGUGAGGGGCGGAGAGGUCUGGGGGCUGGUGUUUGUGAGUCAAAGUUAACCCAGGAAGGCUCAGCUCAGCCUAGGAUGUUCCUCCCAGCUGCUUUUGUUUCCAUGGAGACUGAGGAUUGGGUCUGAGAGUUCCUAGGCCUUUGGUGGGAGGAAAGGGCUCCCAUGAGAGCAGAGGCUGAGGCAGAGCUCCUACUCUGAUCAGCUCCUAGACUUCCCAGCAGGCUCAGCUCAGCAGCGAGGACCCUGA